CAACUGUUUUAAUUUUCCUCAAUUACCGUAAUUGGAACGCAAUACAUGCAAUUGGUUUCCAAAAAACAAAAACAAAAAAUAAAAUUAUAUAAAACAAAAACUGAAAAUUUAAUUGGCUUCAAAAACAUAAUUAAAUAAUUCCAUAUUGGCUCUGGAAUUGAAUUUGGCAAAAAAAAAAAAAAAAAAAAAAAGGUAGGCUACCGUUCGUAUUUAAUAAUACUGUAAUAACAGAAUAACUGGUAUUCAAUCUCAGAAUCUUCUAACGAUGGAGUUUAUAAGGAUACCCAAGGUUGAAAGGGUCAAACUGAUUGAUAAUCAAGCAGGUUCCAGUGUCAGACGCGGAACUGAUGGAACAUUGUUUUUGACAGCAACACAUUUGAUAUUCGUAAACUCUGAAAGAACCAGAGAAACAUGGAUUGUACACACUCAUAUCAAUUCAGUUGAGAAGCUCAGCCUUUCUACUGCAGGAUCUCCCCUUGUUAUAAGGUGCAAGACUUUUCAAGUUUUUACUUUUAUGGUAGCUGAAGAAAGAGAUUGCCAUGACUUAUAUAAUUCUUUGUUGAAACUUUCUAAACCAAUGCAAAUCAAAGAGCUCUACGCAUUCUCAUACAACCCUCGUGGCAAUGAAAAACAGAAUGAAGGAUGGGAUAUGUUUAAACUUGAUGUUGAAUUCAUGAGAAUGGGAUUACCUACAAAAUAUUGGAAAACUACUGAUAUUAAUAAAGAUUUCAAGCUCUGCUAUACUUAUCCACAAUUAUUAUGUGUGCCAACUGCUGCCACUGAUUCACUCUUACAUGGCAGUGCUGCAUUCCGAAGUAAAGGAAGACUUCCAGUACUUUCAUAUUUACAUGAAAACGGGGCUGCAAUUUCAAGGUGUAGUCAACCAUUAUCAGGUUUGAAUUCAAGAUCUCAGGAUGAUGAGGGAUAUGUUAAUUUAAUUCGAAUUUCAAAACCAAAUAAAGAUGAUUUCAUGUAUAUUGUGGAUACAAGACCAAGAAUCAAUGCUGUUGCAAAUCGAGCACAAGGAAAAGGUUAUGAAAAUAUGGAUUUUUAUGAUAAUAUUAAAUAUCAUUUUCUCGGGAUCGACAAUAUUCAUGUGAUGAGAGGAAGCCUUUCAAAACUACUUGAAGUUUGUUCAGAUACAAGGCUAUCCAUGAGUUCAUUCUUAGAAGGAGUUAACAGCAGUGGAUGGUUGAAACAUGUUCACAAUGUAUUACAAGUAUCAAGAUUUAUUGCUAAUGCUAUUGGAAAUGAAGGUAGAAGCGUUCUUGUUCAUUGUAGUGACGGAUGGGAUCGAACUGCUCAAACAUGUUCAUUGGCUGCUAUAAUGCUCAAUCCUCAUUACAGAACUAUUGAAGGAUUUCUAGCAUUAAUACAAAAAGAAUGGCUGUCUUUUGGACAUAAAUUUACUCACAGGCUUGGCCACCUUGAAGGUGAUCCUAAAGAGACUUCACCAGUCUUCACUCAGUUCAUUGAUGCUGUAUGGCAAUUAAUGAGAUACAGACCAGCCGCGUUCCAGUUUAAUGAAACCUUGUUGCUGGACCUUCACGAUCAUGCCAUGUCUUGCCAGUUCGGAACUUUCAUCGGCAAUUGUGAACGAGAAAGACUACAAUAUGAUUUAGCUAACAAAACCCAUUCAUUAUGGGGCUGGAUGUGGAAAAGACUGAAUUUGUAUGGAAAUCCAUUAUACAGUGCUGCGGAACGACAUCAGAAACAAAACCAACAAUUAUUGCUGCCAUCUACUUGUCCUCAUGCCAUCAGGUUUUGGAGAGGAAUGUACAACAGGUACGAUGCUGGUCUUCAUCCUCGUGAAAGUAUUAAUGAAGCGCUUUCUGCCAUUACGAAUGAAAAUACAUUAUUACAAGAUACUGUCAAACUACUUCAUAAAAGACUUGAAGAGCUUGGAUUGGACGCAGACAAAAUAAUAGAAGAAUGUAAACAGAAUGAUGCAAAUCAAGAAGAAGAAAUCAGCACAUUUAGAAAUGAUUCAACGCCUGACACUCCCUCCUCACCAUCACCUGUGUUAAUACCCGCCAGCGCACGUCUCAAACCCCAAAGACCCGCCCCUCCUCCCCCAGUUUCAAGACAAAUUAUUCUUUCUGAUGACAUGGAUGACAAUUCCAAUACGAACACAGACACUGUAAAGGUUGGAAUUGAGAAAAAUCGAAUCAGUGGUGGACUUACAGUGUCGUUUUCAGCUAAAAACCUAAUUGACCAAGAUGAUGACGGUUAUGGUUUAGAACCAAAUGAAACUGUUAAAAGUAAAAAUGGAGUCAAAACAAGUGACAGUUGGGAAAUGGUGAAGGAGGGUUAAUUUUAAAUUCACUGUGUUUUUUUCAAAGUAUUGGUAACAUUUGAAUAUAGAAAAUAUGAUGUUACCACAGCAUGAGGUUUAUCGGUAUAUGAUACCUUAAUGCAGUGGUGUUGCUUGUUUUUCUGGGAUGAUUUAUUAAUAGUUGAAACGAGACGGUGAACACAAAAUGGUCGCAAAAAUGAUGUUUGAGAUUGGACUGGCUAUGCACCACAAAGUUAGUUCUCUUUAUAUUCUUAUCGUAAGAUCUACCGCUGCAUUUAGGUUUAAUAUAGCGGUAACCCUUGGGCUAUAUUAGCCCUGAAAAUAUUUUCCAAAAAUUCCAGAUAAAGACUUUUGAUCUCGUGGUGGAAUUCUCUGCAUCAUAUCCCAACUCAAAAUGUUGCAUGAUAUUGGUAAAAUUACCUCAAUUUCGUGUUAUUUUAAAAUGAUGUUGAAUGCAAAACAGUAUAAUUUGGGUGUUGUAUACUUCAUUCUCGUAUUAAAACAUUUUAUCUCAUUGGUCAUAUAUAGAAAUAAGGAUGAUAAUUGAACUUAAGCAGCUUCAUAGUUCUAAUUGAAAACACUGAGCCUUUUUUAUUGUAUUAGCAAGUAGUGGAUUCAAAUCUAUAAUGUGACUAAUUUUGUAUCUGCAUUUUUUGUACCUCAAUUAUGUUUUGAUAAUUGUCUGCAGAUUCUUAUUGAGUUGGAAUUUUAUAUUUCAUUUUUGAACAUAUAUAUAUGUAUUUUAACCAGUUCCUAACUGAAUCAUUGCGCUUUUUCAACGUACUGAGUGUCGAUACGAUAGUAUGUGAUUUACUUGCACAGAAUGUUGUAUUGAUUAUCUUCAAUUAGGGAGUGAUAAUGGUGACAUUCUAAUUGGUUUUCAGUUUUAAAAUGAACAGUAUACAGUAUAUAACUCCAUUUCCUAACUAAGAAACCAUUCGAUAAACUUAGAAGAACUAUAUUAUGAAUUGGUUAUAUGCAUCAUGACCAUGAGUGAUUUGAAAUAUAAUUUUUAUAUACAAGAAGUACCUACAGCUGCUAAACUAAACCUUAUUUUGGGUUUAUCGAUUCGGCUAUUUCCAUACUUGGGGUUUAUCAAAAUAUUUAAUUUUAAUGUUUGUUCUUGAAAACCUAAAAUAAACAUUGUUGAACUUUAAUUUUUGUACAAACUUCUACUAUGGUCACCAGUUCCUAACCUUACACUUGUUUCUAAUCACUUCUUACCAGAUUAUCCUCUCACGCUUUUACCCAAGCAAUAAUUGUUCGCCCAUUUACUUACUGAACAAAGACCGUUCUAUAUCACACAUUGACACUUUCCAUUGUCCAUUUAAGAUUUUUCUGAUCAAGUUGUAUGACAAUUUGUGUGUUUGGAUUUGAAUUAUGGGUAAUUUGUCAUGUGUACGAGAGGUUCAUAAGGUGUAGAUUUUAUCACAGGAUACUCAAAAUUGGAUUUUCAUUUAUCUAUAAAAUGAUAGUUUCGUCAUUUCUUGUCCCUUGCUCUGAACAAGAGAUGUUGCCACCGAUCCUAUGUUUUUUGAUUUGUCCACCAAAUUCAUUCAGAAAAACCAAAUUAAUAUGUUAUAUAUCAAAACUAAACAGAUCUUUUCGCUUACGGGCAAGAUUUUAUUUAAAUUACAAUUGAAAUAUGUUGAAAAUAUUGCAGGAGUUAUUUCUAUUUCUAAUCAUUUGAAACUCUAUUGAUAAUAACUAAAGCUAAUUUUUAUGUUGACUUAUUCAUUAUUACCAAUUUGAAUCUUCUUGAUAACGCAUUGUUUGGAAUGAAAAACUAUACUUUGACUACUUAUUGUGUUUGUUUGUAUUUUUUUCUUCCUAGAAUAAUUUUUAGUGCAAUGAUUUUUGUUUUGCUAUUCUUGAUUCAUUCUGUAAACAUUAUUAUCCUCUCAAUAAAAUAUUUCCAAGCGCGUUUUCAAACCAUUGGAUACUGUCGCUAACACUGUUUCCAAUUAGCGCAUAAUUGACACCAGAUUUAUUCAUGUUGAGUUUAUGUAAGCACAACUGGUGUAACUUCCCAGCUUUUCAAAUUUCUAUACAAAAAUACCUAUAUGGUAAAGACAACCAACAUCGUUUUUACAGUAAUGAACAGGACAAUUUCUCUAUUGCUAAUAUUAAUAAUCCAUUGCUAAUAUUAGUUGUGCUCUAUUUAUCCUAACUGUUUCCAAUUAUUGCCGUGUUGAAAACUUUGACAGUGUAUCCCAGGCCUUGUGUUGGUCGGUUAUUCUCGAUUUUGAUUGAUUUGAAUUUUGAUUGUUACUUGUACUAAUUUUGUAUUUCAAAUAUACUGCAUUGACAGUGACCAAUAAAAUAUGGAUGGGAA